AUGGCUACUAGAAAGAAAAUAGCACAAAUAUCUUCUGUUAUUACUCAUACAUCCAUUCAUCCUGAGAAUAUUCAUCCGUUUUCAUCGAAAGUUCAUCCAAACAAGAAGUUUCAACAUCAUUUUCGAGUGGCUAAAUCUCCGUUGAAGACUGAUAAGGAAGAAUUACCAUUUCAAUCGACUAAUAUUCUAUCCAUCAACAGCGUAUUGAUUAAACCAAAGGCGUUGAAGCAGAACAGUGAAAACAAAUUGUCAUCCAAACCAAAUUUAGUUCAUCCCGACGAAACAGCAGACAGCGAUGGUGUUAGAAAGCGACGAAUCAUAGCCGGCUUCUGUGUUUUGACUGCCAUGCUCAUAAUCGCCAUGAUACUUGGUAUCACUCUUGGCACUCUAUUAAACAAUACGUCGGCGGCAACUACGACUACCACAACAAGUACAGCUACUACGACGAGUACCAGUACCAGCACAAGUGCAACUAGUACUACAACUUCAACAAGUACUAGCACAAGUGCAACUAGUACUACAACUUCAACAAGUACCAGCACAAGUGCAACUAGUACUACAACUUCAACAAGUACCAGCACAAGUGCAACUAGUACUACAACUUCAACAAAUACAAGUACCAGUACAACUAGUACUACAGACACAACCAGUGCAACUGGCACUGCAAGCAUGACUACAAUAGCAAGCAUAACAAGUUCUACCAGCACCACUGGAACAACCAGUACAACUGGCACUAGUAGCACGACUACAACAACAGGCACAACAAGUACUACAGAUACAACUACUACAACUAGUUCUACAAGCACCACUGGAACAACCAGUACAACUGGCACUAGUAGCACGACUACAACAACAGGCACAACAACAAGUACUACUACAACAACCACAACUAGUUCUACAAGUACAGCAAGUACUACUACAACAACCACAACUAGUUCUACAAGUACAGCAAGUACUACUACAACAACCACAACUAGUUCUACAAGUAGUAGCAGUACAGCCACCACUACUAGUACGACUACAACAACAAGCUCAACAAGUACUGUAACUACAACCACUAUAACUACUACAACAAGUGUUACAAGUAUAACCAGUACAACUACCACUACAAAGACGACCACUACAACGAGUACUACACGCACAACAGUGACAACAACGACGACUACAACUACAACAACAAUGGUCCCACUAAAUCUUCUCGUUAAUCCCGGUGCUGAAUCAUCUGGUCUAGCUGGUUGGACACAAAUUGGUUCAUCUGCCGUACUUCAAGAUACGGGUGGUGUGGAAUACUCUGGUUACAACCCACGCACCGGCAGUGCCUGCUUUGCAGGUGGUUUAGGAUCGGGUGGAUCUCCAUCAAGUCUGUUGCAGAAUGUGAAUCUGCUUAAUGGAAUUCAAAGCUUUUCGACAGCACAGCUUGAUGCCGGAGCAUUACAUGCUAAAAUAUCAUUUUAUUACCAAACUUACUACAGUUGGCUGUAUCCAUACGAUGACGCUGAAGUAACAAUCACAUUUCUUUCGGCUACAAAUGCAGUAUUGGGUACACAAGAUACAGGGUAUCAAACUUGUACAUCCAGUAAUCCAGGUUGGUGUUACUACAGUAAUCUUUAUAGCCUUCCUGUAGGUACACGAAGUAUUAACUACAAGAUGAUAUUUACUCGCAACUCUGGUACCAAAAUUGCUGCAUACAUAGAUGACAACUCGUUGACACUCGUUUGA